CAACUAGGAUCUUUGUGGAGUUGAAUGUAAACAUGUAUAGGGGCGGCAUGUUUGUUUCUCAAAUGUAGGAGUUCUAAUGUAAAAGUUCGGAAGUGUGGUUGCGGUUAAUUCAGAUAAUUCACGUAUGAAAUCAUGGUUACAGAAAACCUUAGAGGAGUUGACGUAGUGAAAGAAGUUAACUUUGAGAAGACGUUUAUAUCCGUCGAAUACCCUGGCGUUGUCCAAAAUGUUGAUAAUAUGCUGAAAACUUUGGGCGGAAUACAAAAUAUUUCUACCGCAUAUUCACAGAAGAACAGAAGGCUCGAACUGAGAUUUAGACCUGAUGAUAUGUACUGCAAACCUGCAUGUGGUGACAGACAUAAAUCAUCAUCAUUAUUACUGAAGUUUGUGGUAAAGAGAAAGAAAAAGAGGAAGACGUGUCCUGACAAUGAAUUGAAUAGUGACAAAGAUGUCAAGCCAGCAGAUCAAGAUUCUGUAGUUGUGUCUCAUGUUUCUGUUCUGGGGCGAAUCAGGACAACUUUUAGAUUUGCAAAUUUGUGUGAUUUUCAAUAUCUACCAAUGGACCGAGUAUCAGGAAGUGAUGGGCCAAUGGAAGAUAUAUAUGAAAAACUAGUUCCUAAAGGACUUCCUUCAGUUUCUUGGCUUUAUGGUGAUAGUCCAUAUUUUUUACCACCAGCUGUGUUUUCAAGGAUGGACAGCGUGCAGUCAUACCUGUACCGGAAGGAGACUAGCGAUGAUGCAAAUGUACCUCAUAAUAUAAUAGGAAGAACAAGACGCAGGAGGUCAGGUCAUGCCAUUUUUGUUACAUAUGACAUCACUAAGGUACCAAAGAGACCUCGUGAAAUUGCUGUGAAAUGCUUACAACUCAAAUUCUUAACAGGAGAACAUUACAGAAAAAUGCAAGAGUUAUUCAACGAGCGACCAGUGUGGUCAAAAAAUGCUCUUAUAUACAUCACAAAGUUUACAGUUGAUCAGAUGAAGUACUUACUACCAGCUGUUGCAUACUAUGUUGUUACGGGUCCAUGGAGAGUAAUGUGGGUUAGAUUUGGAUAUGAUCCAAGACAGGACCCAGGAUCUCGCAAAUACCAGACACUGGACUAUAGAUUGAGAGCCUUUGGUGGGCUAAAAACCAAAGUGAAGGCCAAAAGAAGUUAUUGCAACUACCUGUUGCCAUACAAGUCCACUCCUGCUAGUCGACCAAGAGUAGCAACAAUUACAAAAGAUGCUGGUCCUUCCAGAGAAACCACUAGUAGAUCUAACUUCGCGGCAUCAAAUGAAAACGUCUAUAUUUUCAGACCUGGUAUGCUUCCUCCAUCACGACAAAUGUUCUAUCAGUUCUGUGAUCUCCAUGUACCACAAAUUCAGGCAAUGCUUGAAAAGUUGCCUGAGCCACCAGCUGAUGCCAAAUGUCAUGAGAGAACGGGUUGGAUGCCGAAAGGAAUUGAUGCCCAGUGUCGUGAAAUCAUUAAUAAUCUUGUGACUCAGGUCCUAAGAAACGAAGUUUUGCCGGAUAGUGUCAAGCUGAUGGAUAAUAAUUCUGGAACAUCAAAUGAUGAAUCUGAAGAACUAGAUGAUGAUGAGGACGAUGUUGAUGAGGAGGAUGACGUUGAUGACAAUGACGAUGAGGAUGAUGGUGAUGAUGAUGACGAAGCAUGAAUUGAAACUAAUGAAUUCAGCUUUGCCUACCUCCUUACACCGUUCAUUACCAAAAUAUUUAUAGAGAGAAGUUUUUUUAAUGUGGUCUGUCUGUGCAUUGUUACUACAUUGCUCAUGAACAAGGAUUAAAACUUUUUUUAUCUGUUAAGAAUUGUUUAUGAAAUCUUUUAUUAAUUAUGAGCUGAUGUUAGUUUGUCAGACAAGUUGUGCAAAACACUUAUGAGCUCUUUGAACUGUGAUAUAUUAUUGCUAGUAAAAAGUUAUGUAA